GAAUACAAUAUCUUAUCACAUUAAUUUGAUCAUAAAACCUCCAAAUUACAUUCCCCCAAUUCCACCAUGCAGCAGCCCACAUUACAUUCCUAAAACCUCCAAACAAAACGCAUACAUUCACAACGUGUUUGAUCAUCAAUCUCACCGAUCGAUUAACACAGGAAACCAAAGCUUCCGUUACACACACACACAGAGCGAAGAUGGUGGAAAAAGUUAGGUUACUGCUGCCGAUGCUGUUGUUGAUGUUAAUUCUGGUUCAAAAUGGUGAAUCUGUGUGGUUAACUUUACCUAGAUCGGGGAACAAGUGCGUGAUGGAGGAAAUUCACAACAAUGUCGUUGUUGUCGGAGAGUAUACCGUUGUUAUCUUUGAAGGUCUUAUUCGUUCUAAUCCAACCGUCUCCAUUACGGUUAUGUCACCUUCUGGGAACAUAAUUCACCACAAGGAGAACGCAACACAUGAUGAAUUUGCGUUCACAUCAACUGAGUCUGGGCUGUAUGCUACAUGUUUCUUGGAUGACCAACCUGGUGAAGGUGGUAAGUUAAUUGUUAAUAUUGAUUGGAAAAUGGGAGCUGCAGCAAAGGAUUGGGAUUCGAUUGCUAAAAAAGAAAAAAUUGAGGGCGUUGAACUCGAGUUGAGAAAGCUUGAAGGAGCUGUGGAGACCAUUCAUGGUUAUCUGGGAUACCACAAGAAAAGAGAGGCGGAAAUGAGGGGAGUGAGUGAGACCACCAAUUCCAGGGUGGCAUGGUACAGCAUCUCGUCGUUGGGUAUCUGCAUUUUGGCUUCGAGUGCACAACUAUGGUACUUGACCCGUUUCUUCCAAAAGAAGAAACUGAUCUAGAACUUCAACCCCUCGUGGUGAAGUCACUAGACCGGACUUAAAUUAUAGUGUUGUUCGUUCUCUUUUUCUUGAUUAUGGUGGAUUCAAGAUUUUAGUUGCCAUAUUCACUUUUACGAUAACUUAAUUAUAGUA